GCGGGGCGGCCGAGCCGCCCGCCAAUCCACGCUUUGCAGGCAGGGAGCGCGGGGCCGCGGAACGGGCAAGGAGAACUGCCUAGCCGAGGACGGACACAAGGCCUCCGUCUUCAGAGCCCCCGAAAGAAAGCGAGGGAGGACGAGAAACGACGAGAGGAAGGGAUUGGAAGGGAAGGCAGCCCCCAGUUAUCACCGCCUUAAAGCCAACUCAACAGCGUAACGCCUCUUUGCACCGCACAGCCUGACGGGAGCCUCAGCCUCUAGGUACAGGCUGCGCCCGCAACGCGCCCCUGACACCGCCCCUUGCCGCGGGGCACGCUGGGAGAGCCGAGUUUCCCCCUCCCUCUAGUAAAUGGGCGAGCAGAAGGGUAUUUCCGGUGUUAACGACUAUCUUUACGGAAGGGGUGGGGUUAAUCCUGUCCCGCCCUUCCUGACCGGCCGGGCGAAGACUGACAGUCUUCGGCAAGCGCUAAGGCCCGCCCCUGCACCGGAAGGAGGAAGGCGGGGGAGUCGAACAGGCGUCAGGCGCGGUGUCACGUGCCGCAACUGCUGGUGGAGAGAAGAAAAGGGCGGGACCCCGGACGGAGGGGCGGGGUGCCCUCCUUUCCCUUGGGUCACGCGCGGCAGGAAGUGGUUCCCGAAACGGAGUAUUCGAGAUGGGGACUGCCCUGGACAUUAAGGUUAAAAGAGCGAACAAGGUUUAUCACGCCGGGGAAAUGCUCUCCGGGGUGGUGGUCGUAUCUGGGAAGGAUUCGGUCCAGCACCAGGGAGUCUCCUUGACAGUGGAAGGAACCGUGAACCUCCAACUCAGCGCCAAGAGUGUGGGUGUGUUCGAAGCAUUCUAUAAUUCUGUUAAGCCCAUCCAGAUUAUCAACAGUACCAUCGAAAUGGUGAAACCAGGAAAAUUUCCCAGUGGCAAAACAGAAAUUCCUUUUGAAUUUCCUCUGCACGUGAAGGGUAACAGAGUUCUGUAUGAGACUUACCACGGCGUGUUUGUCAACAUUCAGUAUACCCUGCGCUGUGACAUGAGGCGGUCCCUGCUGGCCAAGGACUUGACCAAGACCUGUGAAUUCAUCGUUCACGCUGCUCCUCAGAAGGGGAAACUGACUCCGAGUCCCGUGGACUUCACUGUCACACCUGAAACCUUACAGAAUGUCAAAGAGAGAGCCUUGCUCCCCAAAUUUCUCAUCAGAGGACAUCUCAACUCGACCAACUGUGUUAUCACACAGCCGCUAACGGGAGAGCUGGUGGUGGAGAGCUCGGAGGCCGCCAUCAAAAGCAUCGAGCUGCAGCUGGUGCGCGUGGAGACCUGCGGCUGUGCAGAAGGGUACGCCCGCGAUGCCACAGAGAUUCAGAACAUUCAGAUCGCCGACGGGGACGUUUGUCGGGGCCUCUCUGUCCCCAUAUACAUGGUCUUCCCCCGGCUCUUCACCUGCCCGACACUGGAGACCACCAACUUCAAAGUGGAGUUCGAGGUUAACAUCGUUGUGCUGCUUCACCCUGAGCACCUCAUCACAGAGAACUUCCCGCUGAAGCUCUGCAGGGUGUAGCCGGGAACAGGUGGAAACGCAGCCAUGCCGACCUACGGGAGCCGAAGCCGGCGGCACCGAACUUGCUUUCUUGAUGGUUCUGUUUCAGAAAUGAGUCUGACCCUUCUUCCUCAUUCCCUCGAGGCCCCUCUAGUCAGAGCUUCCCUUUGAAAUUCGUCAGGAUUUCUUCAUGGCGUUGGCAAGAUUGUAUCCCAGACAGUAAAUUUCCUGUGACUCCUGACUAACUUGCUCCUUUUUAGGUUCAGAGCACAGUUGUAACAGAGUCUGAACUUUGCUGGAAAGUGAGGUCAGGGACAAAGGAAACCGCCUGUCUGGCUGACGGUUGUGGCCAGGGCUCCCGACAGCUCCCCGACCCCGCAGGGUGGCGACAGGCGUGCUGGUUGCUCAUGACGUUGGCGGACGCCCGCCAAGGAGGGCGCCGUGGUGCCCGCUGCAGAUGCGCAGAGUGUUUCCCACUCUGUUCUCUUUUAUAAUAUUUGUCGUGAUAACUUCAGAACUUCUGGGGACCUGGGGAAAGUGUGCUUUGCCCUCCCUGGAGUGAGGGGAUCUGGUGACCACGGCUGGUGCUGGAGUAUUUCUGAGUCUCAGGACCUGGUGGGAAGUUGCCUGCUGCCGUCUUCCCAGAGUCCGUUUAAGUGCGAGGUUCUGUCGGGGAUAAAAACACGUGUCCACGCCCGUCGUUGUUGCCUGGGUUCUGAGUGGCAGGGGACCCGGGCCCAGGCCAGCAGUGAAGACCCCUCUGUGCUGGGCGGGACCUGGACCUGAUGAACUUGGCCCACCUCCAUCCCACCUGAGGGACCUGCGUUGGUGGGGUGGGGGGAGGUAGUUUGGCCUGAAGCCAUUUUCUCCUUCGCCUCCUGUGGGGACUUGCAGUGUAGGGUGGGUCUGUUGCAACACAUUUCUUCCUUCACAUCCUGCUGUUGUUUCUCUGGGCCCACAAUUAACCUCAGAAGUAAGCCGCGCACUGUGCACGCUGCCUGGCCUUCCUCUCCUGAGGGAAUAACUAUCACCUGAAGAGCUGCCAGCAGCCCGGCCGCCUUUACCAUUUUGUUCAACCUCGAGGGGCCCGGGCGAGGGCCAUUUCCUUGCCCUUCUUGGACGGGCACCUCCACCAUCAGUUAUUAAGGAAAACUCGGACGUUUGGGCGUCUUGGGCAGCAGCAGUCCCACUACUGCCCUGGCUGGAGCUGGGGGUGUCCGUUGUCAGGUUCUCCCGUUACAGCAGGGGCAAGGGGAGGUGAAGGAAAGAGGCCGUGAACCUAAAACAGUACGUUUUUUUGGGAAAUGCCGGGUUAGGCAGGAGCACCUCUGGCUCUUGGAGCUCCAGCGGAAAUGGGGCCUCGCUCUGGUUCUCAGCCACAUCGUGAGUUCCACAGGAAAGGUGAGAGGUCAGUCAGAAAUAAAGCGUUCAAAAAAGAAGCCAAAA